AUGGACGAAACCAUAUCAAGAAUAGCAACGGAGAUCGAAGACCUCCGUGAAAACCACCGUCCCGACAACCCACAGCCUCUCUCCGAACAAUCCCUCUCAGAUCUCCAAAAACUCCUCAAAAACCCGCAAGCCCUAGAAGCACUCUAUGACGCCGUUUCACCUUCCCACCUCAUCCCACCCAUCGCCACCGCAAUGGACUCAUCUCCAACUCCUCACUCUCUCCUCGCUUCUCACGUUUUCCUCUCUUUUCUCCUCUCCCCAGACGCUCCCGUUUUCACUCUCUUUACUCCUCUUUCCUUUCUCUCCUUCCUCCGUUCAAUUCGCCGCUCUUUCAAAAACAACAACGCUUCCAACAACUCUCAGCAGCGCCCCAAGCGAAAACGCGGUUCCAAAAACAAAAAAAACACAGAAAAUGAUGAAGAUGAACCUAAUUCCACAAACUCUCAACAUAAUCUCGAUGUUAGGGUUUUGCUUUCUCUUUUCGAGAAGCUUGUUAGUGUUAUGUCGUUGAUUCACCUCGAUCGUUUCCCUGAAAGUCUCAAAUCGUUGAUUCAGACUAUUUCAGAGGUUCCUUUGACAGCUAUUGAAUCGUGUAGAGAUGAGUUUCAGUACAGUAAAUUGGUUGCUUUAUGCGCGAGGAUUCUGAAAGAGGUUUUGAAACCGGAGCACGGUGAGCCUUCCGAGACUGCUGCUGAGGUUUUGAAGUCUCUGUCUCCGCUUGCUUCUAUGCCGAAAUCUACAGUAAGGACUUUUGCUGUUGGUUUUGUCACGAGUCUUGCUAGGGAUUCUGUUGGUGUGAGGAAAGCUUUGGUUAAUUUUCCUAGGUAUUUGGCGAUUAAGGCGCCGGAUAAAGCUGAACCUAGAGGGUUGUCUGUGGAGUUUAUCAUGGAGGUUGUUAGGGUUAUGGAGUUGGAGGAUCAAAUUGGGUUUGUGAAGUAUGUUGUGAAGAUGACUCAAGGAAAAGGCAAUUUAAGGCUUUUGGGGGUUGAUCUUAUUUUGAAUCUGGUAACUACGUUGAAGGAUCCUUUAGGGGUGAAUUCCAUUGAAGAAGAAGGAGAAGCGAAAGAGGCGUGGGGUAUGUGGUGUUUGGAGGCGUUGGUAAAGCGUUGUUCGGAUGUUAGUGCUAUGACUCGAGCUCGGGCGUUGUCGAAUUUAGCGCAGGUUGUUAAGCUUCUAUCAGGUAGUGAUAGGGCUAGUGUGGUUUUGAAAAAGUUUAUGGGUUUUGGCGAUGGGAAUGUUGCGAGUGUGGGAGGAAAGGGAAUCAAUGAGAUGCUCAGGAGAAGGUGUGUGGAUGAGAAGGCGGUUGUGAGAAAAGCUGCUCUUUUGCUUGUUACUAAAUUGACUGCUCUGCUUGGAGGUGCUAUUGAUGAAGUGGUGCUUAAGACAAUGGGAAUGGCUUGUUCCGAUUCACUCCUUAGCAUCCGGAAAGCGGCACUUGAAGCUCUUUCUGAGGUUUUCAAAACAUUCUCAGCUGAAAAGGUAAUAACUGAGUGGCUACACUCAGUCCCUCGUCAAAUAGCUGAUAAUGAAACUAGCAUCCAAGAAGAAUGCGAGAAUAUGUUUGAAGAACUUGUUCUGGACCGAAUAUCUAGAGGCGCAGCUUCUUCCUCUUCAUAUAUUGGAUCUACGUCUGGUAGCAAAGAGAAAGAAAAAGGGGUAGACGAAGAGAUGGAGAUGUCUUUCCCUCCAGGAAUUCUCUAUCUCCUGAGAGAGAUUUGCAAUGGAGAGAAUAUAAUCAAGGUGUCCGAGUCUAUCUGGCUGAACCAUAGCAAGCCGAUAGACAAGUGGACUGCCCCACCAGGUGCUUGGUUUCUUUUAUCAGAGGUGUCAGUAUUCCUUCCAAAAGCAGUGGACUGGGAUUUUCUUCAUCAUCAUUGGCAGCUUCUUGACAAACAUAAAGUGAAUGGUGAGUUUCAAAGUCCAUUUGUACAGAAAAAUGCAACUGGAGAGGAAGAAAGCAUAGAAUGCAACAAUGUUGCCUGGGCUAGUGACCGAGUUUUCCUAUUGCAAACAAUCUCUAAUGUUUCUAUUGAGCUGCCACCUGAACCUGCUGCUGAUUUGGCUCACAACUUACUCAAAAGGGUUGAAAAAUUCAACAUGCAUUCAACAGAGGUUGAUGCUCAUGUAAAAGCACUUAAAACAUUAUGCAAGCGAAAAGCUUCAAAUGACAUGGAGGCAGAAGCAUUAGUCUUGAAAUGGGUUCACCAAGUUCUGUCUAGAGCUUCUCAAAUAAUAGAAACUUUUAUUUCAGAUAAUUCAGAGCAAGAUGCUGAAACUGGCUUCUUUACUCCACCUAGAAGUGGGCCUAGUAAAGGUAGGAAAUCAGUACGAAAGCGCAAAUCAUUGUCAAAAGCAAUCACGGCUAUUUAUACAAUUGGGUCUUUAGUUAUUGUCUGCCCAACUGCUGAUAUGAGUGCUGUAACUCCACUAUUGCACACUAUCAUCACCUCUGGGAAUUCAGGCCCGAAAUUAAAUAAGCUACCCGGCCCUGCAACCACUCUACAACAAGAAGCUCCAUCUUUUUACAUUCAAGGGUGGCUGGCCAUGGGCAAACUUUGCCUUGCUGAUGGGAAGCUUGCAAAAAACUAUAUUCCUCUGUUUGUACAGGAGCUUGAAAAGAGCGAUGCUGCAGCUCUUCGCAAUAAUAUUGUGGUCAUGAUGACAGACUUCUGUGUUCGGUACACUGCUCUUAUUGAUGGUUAUAUAACCAAGAUCACAAGGUGUCUCUUAGAUCCCUGUGAACUUGUGAGAAGGCAAACGUUCAUAUUGCUAUCCAGACUGUUGCAGAGGGACUAUGUGAAGUGGAGAGGAGUGCUAUUUCUUCGUUUCCUUUUGUCACUUGUUGAUGAAUCAGAAAAGAUUAGGCAGCUAGCAGAUUUCCUCUUUGGAAAUAUUCUGAAAGUCAAGGCUCCUCUCUUAGCAUAUAAUAGUUUUGUUGAGGCUGUUUUUGUUUUGAAUGACUGCCAUGCCCAUAUUGGACAUCGUGAGUCCGGUGAAUCACGAAAGGACAGCCAACUUUUCUCCAUCAGGGGUGCUGAUGAAAAAUCAAGGUCUAGAAGAAUGCAUAUUUAUGUUUCUCUACUAAAGCAAAUGGCUCCGGAGCAUCUUCUCGCAACCUUUGCCAAGUUAUGUGCAGAAAUUCUAGCUGCAGCUUCUGAUGGUAUGCUUAAUAUAGAAGAUGCAACUGGACAGUCUGUUCUACAGGAUACUUUUCAAAUUCUUGGCUGUAAAGAGAUACGCAUUCAAUCCACUCGUGGAUCAUCUGAGUCGGCAGACUUAGAAGAAGAAGGGGGAGAAAAUGGAUCUUCAACUCGAAAGGCUAUAACUCAGGCAGUCAAGAAGGGCCUCAUUCAAAACACUAUACCCAUCUUCAUAGAGUUGAAACGUCUACUGGAAACCAAGAACAGUCCCCUCAUAGGUUCUCUCAUGGAAUGCCUACGAGUUCUUCUCAAGGACUACAAGAAUGAGAUCGAUGACAUAUUGGUUGCUGAUAAACAGCUGCAGAAAGAACUGAUCUAUGACAUGCAGAAAUAUGAAGCAGCAAGAGCUAAAGCAACAGUUGCUGAGGCUGUAGCCUCCAUGCCUAAACCAGGUGCAAAUCAAUCACCUGGUGAUUCUAAGAAUCUGCCCAAGGAACAAGGACAAACAGAUGAACAAAAUGAGGACAAUGACCAGUUUCCAAGUGGUUCAAAAAUUGCUUCGGCGAUGGCAGAUGCUGCAGCUGCAGCUACAGCUCGUUCUGUGCUCAAGGAAAUUAACAAGGGGACAGUGACACCACAGCUUAGUUCUUUGAAUGUUCCGAAAGUCAAGUCUUUUACAGGUGAGUGCAUAUCUAGAGGUGAUAAGCGUCUGGAUGUCAUAAAAUCUUUGAAGAAAAAACAUGCUUUUGAUUCUGAUGACGAAAACUAA